GAAGAGGAAGGAGGAAGCAGCAGCGGACCGGGCCGGACCUGGGGAUGUAGCCCGAGAUGCCCAGCAGCACCACCAUCAGUACCAACAUCAGUACCAUCAGCCCUAUCAGCCCUAUCAGCACAACCACCAUCAGCCCUAUCAGCAGCAGCAGCACCGGUCCAGACAGCGGGGCCAGCCGACCAUGCCAUGGGGAACUGCUGGGUGUUCUGUGUGGGGCUGUUCAGGAGGGAGGCCAGCAGGAUCCAGAGAGGAGGAGGGAUGAAAUACUUCAGGAGCAGUAGCACAGGGGAGCAUUAUACAAUAGAGUUUGAAAAUCUGGUUGAAAGUGAUGAGGCCGAGAGCCCCCAGCCCUGCCCCAGGCCCAUCAGUGAGGAUGAGAUCAAGCACCUCAGAGAACACCGCUACGCUGCUAUUUCUGACAAGCAGAUCCUGAUAGACCAAAAACUACAAUUCGAGUUAGAAGCACAAGAGGAGAAGUUAAGGCUAGAAGAGGAGGCUAGAAAUGCCGCCCAGCGCGAGGCCGCCAGGCUGGCACGUGAACGGAAACUGAAGGAGCAGCAGUUUGCCCAGAGGACACGGGGAAAGGCAGAUGGCUCCAGCGGCGAGAGCCAGCAAAGAAAGCACGUUUCUGGGGAGGACUUUGAUGCAUACCUCCAAAAUGUUAAAGCCCAGUCUGAAGCUUUCAGGAGCAACAGACUUCCCUCUGACACAAACGCAGUGACGCCAAACACAGAGUACAGCUGGGAUUUCACCACCAAGACCCGCUCCACCAACGAUGACGGGACCUCGCUGGAUCUGGAGUGGGAGGAUGAGGAAGGAAUUAACCGUGCACUCCCCGUGUGGGAGAGGUCCCGGACGGAGGAGGACAUCCUGCGUGCAGCUCUGCGGCCCGGCAGCAAGCCGGUGACCAGCGGGCCGGCCUCCGCCUCGGAGGACUCCAACGCCCUGGAGUGGGAGAACGAUUUUGUGAGUACGCACCCGGAGGACGCUGCAGACGCUGAGUUUGAGGGGUUCGUCAACCCCGUCCUGGACACGCCCUCUGAAGACGCCUCGGACUGUGGCCUCAGGGCGGACAACCAGGACAGAUAGUGUCCAGCACCAAAGGAGACUCUCGCCGUGUCGUCGUCGUGUUAAACGCUCACCAGCUACUCGCCUCAUGGAAUGGAAACUUCUUACAUCCUCUUCAAAUCCUGUACUGAAACUGUGAUGCUGCAGGAGUGAGUGGCGGGUCGCCACGCCGCCGUGCAGCGAUGUCAGACCCUCAUUGUUUUUAGUGCCUUCAUUUGCAAGAUUAGCUGACCAUUUUAUGCAUCGUGACAGAGUUACAUUGAUAACCAUUUUACCCUGAGAUCUAAAGGUCUUGAUCGUACCAGUGUUCUGCUCCGCCCCUCUGAGGUGACCGGUGAGUGUAAUAGUGGCUUGAUACGUGAAGGACUGUCCAUUACGUUGGCUGAAGGAGCUGGUGGUUUGGUAAGCAGACAGUUUUCAGUCCCACACUGCAAAAACACAAAAACUUAACAAGAACAUUUGUCUUAUUUCUAGUUAAAAUGUCUCAUUUUUAGUCAAAUAAUCUCAUUACACUUAAAACAAGACUCAUCAC